CAUCCGUCAGUCACAACUUCCACACAUGUGAAUGAGAAAAAUUGGUCCCAUUGCUUCCACCGUGUUGACAUUUCAUUGUUAAUUAAUCGACAUUAAAAAAAAUUUAUAUCAGUUAUUAGCAGCUAAACUUGAGACAAUCGUAACGACUUCGUUGACAAAAUGGCGGAGAUCGUUCAGCAGCGGAUUGAGGACAGGAUCCCUGAGCUGGAGCAACUGGAGAGAGUGGGACUGUUCACUAAGAAAGAAGUCAAAUCCAUAAUCAAGAGAGCUACAGCUCUGGAGUACAAGCUUCACAGGCUCAUCGUGAACAAGGAUGACUUCAUUGCAUACAUUCAGUAUGAAAUCAAUCUCUUAGAGCUGAUCAAAAAGAGAAGAGCACACAUACACUACCAGUUCAAACGAGAGGAGAUUGAGUAUCCCAUCAUCCACAGAAUAAAUAGCAUCUUCAGAAGAACUACAAAGAAGUGGAAGGAUGAUGUGCAGCUAUGGCUUUCACAUGUUGCGUUCUGUAAGAAAUGGGGCACCAAAGGCCAGAUCAGCAAGGUGUUCUCAGCUAUGCUUGCAAUCCACCCUGACAAACCAGCCUUAUGGAUCAUGGCUGCAAAGAGUGAGCUUGAGGAUCGAAGUUCCUCCGAAAGUGCCAGACACCUGUUCCUGCGGGCGCUGCGAUUCCACCCAGACAACAAAAAAGUCUACCAGGAGUACUUCCGUAUGGAGCUCCUGCAUUGUGAGAAACUGAGGAAGCAGAAGAUGGAGCUGGAGAAGGCGGAGAUGGACCUGGGUGAAUAUGAGUUUUCUCCAGAAAUCCUGAGCGGCAAACUGGCCGAGGUUGUGUACAGAGAUGCUACGGGAAAUAUCAAAGAAGCAGAGUUUGUCAUCUCUCUUCUGAACAUAGCAGCUAUCUUUGACUUCACCAAAGAACUCCAGGACUCCAUCCUGCAAGACUUACAGAGAAAGUACACUGAUGACAGCGUGACUUGGGAUUUCAUAGCUAAGAGGGAGCUGGAGGCCCCUGGGGUGGGGGAGGAGCUCCACUCUGCCAAAGGUCGAGCCUCGGAUAUCAACCGCAGAGAGGAGCGCUGCUGCCUGGUCUAUGAGGACGGCGUCAAGACCCUCAACACUGAGCCCAUGUGGACCUGCUAUGCAGCCUUUUGCUUGGAAAGACUAAAGAGGAAAACAAACGUUGAAGAACUGAAGGAAAAAAGGCAGGAGAGGCUGCUGGGAGUUCUGCAGCGCGCCCACGACUCCUCACUGCUGAAGGAGAACUAUUACAAAAACUGGCUGCAGAUUCUGCUCUCAUCUGGGGAUGCUGAGGCGGCAGCCAGUGUUGCCAUGACAGCCACGCAGCGCUACAGCCAGUCAAUGUCGAUGUGGAGCUUGUGUCUGCAAACGUUAAUGCAGCUGGGGAGUGGAGACAUAGGCAGACUUUUCCAGGACGCUCUUACACAUGUUAAUCCCAAGGAGAGUUUACCGCUGUGGCAGCUGCAGCUUGAGUGGAGCAUAGCCAACCAGAGUCCUGAUGAUACAGAAGCCAUCUUCAAGAAAGGUCUGAUGUCUGCUGUUACAGCUGUUGCCAUGGAGAUGAAAGAGCUCUACCUUGAUUGGUCCUACUCGACUGGAGGCUAUAAGAAAGCGAGGAAGACAUUCACAAGCUUGCAAGAAAUUCGUCCUUUGCCCAAAACCUUUUUUACCAAAAUGAUUCAAAUCGAGAAGGAACAAGAGACCCCAAAGAUGAACAAUCUGAGAGAUUACUAUGAGAGGGUGCUGCAAGAGUUUGGCACUUCAGAUGACGAUCUGUGGCUGCAGUACAUCCAGGAGGAGCUGGGACCCCUGGGCCAGCCGGAAAACUGUGGAAAGAUCCACUGGAGAGCCAUGAAGUUUCUGGAAGGGGAGAGUGUGGAGAGGUUUACCUCCAAAUACACUCUGCUACAGACCGGACACUUGUGAGCGAUCCUAGAAGCUCAGAGUGGCAUUCUUAAAGAAUAUGUGAAACGACCAUGACCGCUCAACGCCUCACUGUAAAAAAAACAAGUCGUGUGUGAAAUAAAUCACAACCGUUCUUUAAACCUGUUGAGCUGAUAAUACUUUCAUUUGGCAAAAUAAUAGGAGUUCAAUCAAACCCCACUCUCCUGAUUGAGGGUUGUACAGUUGUGCUGUUACACCAUCUACCCCUCCUGCCUCUGAAAAUGGUCUUUGUUGGGUUUUUUUUACCCCAAGUGACUAUGGGAAUUUGCAUAAGCAGAAGUUGUGAUCAUUUCACAUAUUUCUAAACCUAAAAUGAGGCCUCUUUGUCCACAUUAACAAGGUUGUAAAUGUUUGAUGAUGGUAAAGCACCCGGUUAGGAAUUAUUCUGUCACCUUGAAAUGUAAAGCCUGUUUCCUUGUUUGAAUGCACAGCAGGUAUGAGCUUACUGCUGAAGAGUUGCAGCCACAUUAGGAGAAACAUCAACCAAGCCAUUUUCUUUCAGCCUGUGUUUUCCUUUGACAUUUUUCAUGCCAAAUAUCUGGGCUGUGUUUGAUAACCAGACUGGUGUUUGAAACAUGUACUUCUGUAAGGCAGUCCAGUUUAUUUGCAUUCCACAUAUUUUCAUUUUUGAAAAUACAAACUGUGAUGCUUUCAUGAUAUUAAAACAGUCUUGAGGGUG